AUGGUGGACCGGCUUGCAGAUGAUUUAGUGCAUGGGAAGGGCUUCUCCGCUGCUGCCAAGAACAUUUGUCAGGCGCAUACGACCAAGUUCAUGGUGGACCAGCUGAAGUACACCUCUCUGGUCAACUCACGGCGGACCAGCUCGGGCAUCUUCCGCUCGGCCAACCUCGCCAAAACUCCGGAGAGGUUCGGCAGCUUUGAUGACUCGACAAAGUACGGCGGUGCGGUCCCGUCGGAGCACUAUUUGCGGGACGUGUGGCGGUUGUAUUUCUCGAAACUCCCCGUGCUGGAGGUGGAUGGCGUGAGUUGGACCCUGGAGGAGUAUCAGCACCGCUUGAUGCAGCGCUGGGACGGAGAGGUUCUGGGUGGGGAUGCUUCGUUUAAGUUUGCGAAGAUCAUCCGGCUCGGGGCAAGAGCGGGCGAGGAGCGCUCAAGACCAGUGUACGGCUUGUUCACAGUGUUCAAUGAAUAUGAGCAGGUGGUCUGGCAGCGUCCGAUGAAGACGGGUGCCUUGAGCGAGCUGGUGGAGGAGUUGAAGCUUUUUUUCAUGCGAUUCGUUCGCAAUGGCUUCAAGGUUCCUACUCUGUGGAACACAGAUGACUGCUGUGAUGACCGUCAACUGCUACAACGGGUAUUUCGCGAGUUUGAGGAGGCAACGUGGAUCAGUCUUUAUCUGGAAGACGAGGUGGACGCCGGAGUUCAGUUGGAGCUCCUGCCAUAGCUGGAUCUGGAGUUCACCCCUGCCAUCGUGUACGACCCGGAGGCGGUAGCCGCUGCCUGCGGCUCCCUCCGUCAGAGCAUCACCCAAAAUCGAGUGGAGGGAAAGAUGGUGUGCGGAGCGGACGCAGAGUGGCAGUUUUCACCUCGUGGGCGGGAACCUGUAGCGACCUUCCAGAUUGCGGCUUUGAGGGGGCCGUCGUUCCUCUUCCACCUGCAGAGAGGGAGCUCUGGU